AUGCUGCACGGCUUCAACAUCCUACGUCAGCAGUACUCGCAGCUGUCCAAGCCAGGAGGAGCGAACCAAUCGGCUAUCAACGCCAUUCAGACCCUCGCCGAGCGACUCACAAAGGCCGACGAGGCUCAGCUCUCCAUCGAGGAUCGUCGAGCGGCCGUGCUAGCGCUCAAGGGUCUCAGCAGGGAUCACAACCGCGCCGUGGGUGAACACGCUCUCCCGGCCUUGCUCACCUCUCUGCAACGGGACGCCAAGGACGAGGACAUCGCGAGAGCGCUGAUAGAAUGCUGCAUCACGCUCUGUGAGGUGCAGUCGCCAGAGGCCGCUCAAGCAUCGGCAUCAGGUCAACCGCAGCAAGCACAGAACAAGCGCAAGCAGCCCGAUCAGGGUCCACCUUCUGGACUCCAACACACCGACAUCUUCUUGCGCGAGCCCGGGCCGUUGCAUUGCCUUUUGCCUCUCCUUGCACCUGAUCGCGCCUUCUACACACGCUUCGCUUCCUUGCAAUUGCUCGGCUCCUUGCUUCGGAACCGACCACACAAAGUUCAGGACCACGUUCUGGUAGCGCCUGGAGGAUGCGGAGCCAUUCUCGAAUGUCUCGCAGAGGGAGCUGGCUCUUCGGCAGAAAUCGUCCGCAACGAAGCGCUGCUGCUCCUACCGCAUCUCGUCUACGGCAAUGCAGACAUUCAGAAGCUCGUCGCGUUCGAAGGUGCAUUCGAGAAGCUUCUUGAUAUCUGCGCCGCCGAAGGUAGGAUCGAAGGCGGUGUCAUUGUUCAGGAUGCCCUGGAGGGCCUCGAGGCCCUCUUGCGGUACAACGUCUCCAACCAAAACUACUUUCGCGAGACCAACUCGAUUCCGAUGCUUGCACCGCUGCUCUUCUAUCCGCCCACUCCAGCCAACAACGAGUUCCCCUCCAGACAUGCCGAGCACGAAUACGCGCGCCAGCUCGAGGCGUUCUGCUUCCAAGACUGGGACCACCAAAAGGUCGUCAACGCCAAGAUCGUACUUGACAUCGCCGCCCUUCUCAUCGGUGGUCAGGGCGACGGUCGACGUGCCAAUCAGAACGCGCUUCUGCAGUGCGGCGUGACAAAGUGUCUCCUCGAUCUCGGACUUGGCUCCACUGCUCCUGCUUCCCUCAAGGCGCAGGCUUUGCACGUGUCAGCUUCACUCAUGCAAGCAUCAAGGGCCAACCAGGACCUUCUGUCAUCUCUGCUGGUGCAGCCCAUCCAGAUCGUCGACGCUCCGAAGCCGGAUGCCGCCGACGGCAAUGACGGCGAGCAAAGUCUUGCUCAAGAUCCAGCGUCCACAGCGGCACCGGAGGCCUCGUUCACCCGUGCGGAGCCUCGACCCGCCGUCGUGAGCCUUGUCGAAAUCGCCAUUGGAACGUCGGGUGCGAAAGGUGGCCUCGGCCUGAGAACUGCUGCCAUUGCUUGCUUCCGUGAUUACGUCGCCGAUAAUAUGGAUGCGCGCCUUGCCAUCAUCAACGGCAUGGCUCCUGUGGCUGAAGAGAGCGAGGCCUCGCAGAAGUCUCCCGCAGGCAAGACGCUUGUCGACACCAUCAUCCAGAGCCCUUCGACGCAAGCCGCAUCCGAUCACGCCGAUGCUUACAAGCAUCUCGUGGCUGCUAUGCUUUUCUCCUACAUCGUUCGCGGAAGCGAGACCGCCAAAGCAGCUGCCCGUGCGAUUGCAAUCAACCCGGAUGGCACCAUCAUCAAGCACACGCCUGUCGAGAAGGACGACGACGAUGACGAUGAUGACGACGAUGCGCCUUCGUCGCUGAUCCAGGCCAUCGUCGGCAACUUGACCAUGUCCGAGCGGGAACUCGCCGAUGCUGUCCGCAAGGAACGCGCCUCGGCUAUGGGUGCCACCAUUGCCUCCACUUCGUACUCUGCGGCUGACUGGACCCGCAUCAUGGUCGGCUACCUCGUUCUGCUUUCAGUAUGGCUGCACGAGUCGCCGCUCAGCGUGCGUGACUUCCUGUCUGAAUCAGCGACGCUGCAGGCCAUCGUCCAGCCCGUCGCCCAGUCUUCUGGCGUCGAUCCUUUGAUCCAAGGCCUGGCUGCCUUCUUGCUGGGUGUCGCGUACGAGUUCGACACCGACCCGGGCAAGGUCGCGGUCACAAGAGCUACGAUGCAUCCCAUUCUGCAUUCGAGGAUCGGCGCGGAUCAGUUCGCUGUUCGCAUCAAUCGCGUCUCGGAGGAUGUGCGCUUCCGCGAGGUAACGCCUGAUGUGCUGGAGAAGCUCAUCUUUGUCGAGGAGCAGACUGAGGCGGACGAGCUCCGAGCCAAGCAGAUCGCUGAAGCCAAAGCGGCUGCGGCUGCAGCUGCUGCAGCUGCCGCCGCCGCCAAAGCGGCUUCUUCUGAUGCUUCUUCGGCCGCCACCGCCGUCGACGCCGCUACGCCCGAGGACAAGGAAAAGGCAGACGAAGAGGCCAAAGACAAGGACCUCGAGGUCAACGGACUUGGGCAUCUCUCGAAACGUCGCCGCGCGGGUCUUUGGCUCGAUUGGAGCUUUGUCGAGUUCUGGCGCGCCAACGCCACCCUCAUCGCCAAGUCUAUCACCGUCGACCCUGCAUCCAGCUCGGCGGCACAAGCUGCGCUGCCGGCAGAGCUGCUGGAUGCGCAGCGCCAGGCCGAGGCUUUGCGGGAUACAGUCGCCAAGCAAGCGCGCGAGAUCGAGACGCUCGAAAAGCGUGUCGAAGAGCUCACCGAGACGCACUCCAAGCAGGUGGCCGAGCUUCAAGCCCAGCUCGGCGCAGCCCACGAAGCAGUCGAGACCCACGCUCCGCAGCUUGAAGCCGCCCGCACCGAACUCGAGCAGAUCAAGUCCGGCCACACCACCGCCCUCGCCGAUCUGCAAGCGAAGUACGACGACCUGCAGCGCCUCCUGGAAGAGACCCGCAGCAGAGAAGAUGAUAGCAACGGCAAAGUGCUCCAACUCACCUCUGAAAUGGCACGCAUCUCGGCCGGCAAGCCGUCGCAAAAGGAGUUUGGCGCGCUGCAAAAGGCGCACGACGAGCUCAAGAAGAAGCACGACGACCUUGUUGCGUCGUCGAACGCUAGCGAGAGUGGCAGUGGCUCCAGUGCGGCGAUGAAAGACCUGAUCGAGGCGCGGGAGCUUGCCAGCCAGCGGGCGGAGAAGAUCGCUCAGCUCGAGGACAAGGUUGCUUCUCUGGAAGCUGUUUCUUCACCGGACAAGGCUGCUGUGCCUCCUUCUGUCUCCGUCGGUGGCGGUGAGGAGACAACGGAACUGCAGUCGAAGCUCGACGAAAUCACCGCCGAGAAGGCCGAGCUGGAGGGCCAGGUCUCGCGCCUGCCCACGCUCACCGCUGAACUCGAGUCCGCCACUGCCCAACUCGCCGAGCUUGCCAGCUUGAAGGAAAGCAAGAGCGAGCUGGAAAGCAAGCUCUCCACACUCGAAAAGCAGGUUUCGGCGUCCAAAGAGGCAGGCACCGCCGCCGACUCGGAGAAGAGCAAGCUGCUCGAAACAGCCAUCCAGCAGAAGCAGACGCUUGAGGAGAAGCUCGCCAAGCUGGAGAAGGUGGAGUCGGAGAAGAAGGAAUUGGAGACCAAGGCGAAGGAUCUCGAGAAGGCGACGAACGAGAAGAAGGAGCUGGAGAAGAAGGUCAAGGACCUCGACAAGCUUGCAGCAGAGAAGAAGGAGCUCGAGAAGAAGGUGAAGGACCUGGAGAAGAUCACGACGGAGAAGAAGGAGCUCGAGAAGAAAGUCGCUAAUCUCGACAAAGUGACCUCGGAGAAGAAGGAUCUCGAAAAGAAAGUCAAGGACCUCGACAAGCUCACAAGCGAAAAGAAGGAGCUCGAGAAGAAAGUGAAGGAUCUCGACAAGCUGACUGUGGAUAAGAAGGACCUCGAAAAGAAGGUCGCCAACCUCGACAAGCUCACCUCUGACAAGAAGGACCUCGAGACCAAGCUCUCCGCUCUCCAAAGCUCGAGCGCAAAGGAGAAGGCCGAGCUGGAGAGCAAGCUCAAGACGCUCGAAUCCGCCUCAGCCAAGAAGGGCGGCGGCGGUAAGAACGCCGACAGCAAGGACGAGCUGGAGAAACUCAAGAAGGAGAAAGAAGAGAUCAGCAAGGAGAACGAAGACCUGCUGGUGCUGCUCGAGGAGCUCACGCAGAAGCGCAAGAAGGACAAGGCCAAGCUGCGCGAGAAGGGUGAGGAGGUCAGUGACGACGACGACGACGACGAUGACGAGGAGAACGACGAUGUGGAUUGA